GUUCCAGCUCUCGCCACGUCGGAUUGCCCAGCAUGCCGCCCUUCAAAGAUGAGCACAUUUUGAUAAUUGCGCCAGGCUCGCAAGUGACCCUGGCGCAACUCGGCCUCCCAGAGUCCUUCACUCCUGCCCGCUUUCGCUUCCCCACUCGGAUGUUCCCCGCCGAAAAGAAGGGUGAAUAUGAACCGUACCGGAUUCGCGAGCGCCGACAGGAGGUCCAGGUCAGCAACGGCAUCGACGCGCCCAAGGAUGACGUGGAUAUGAAGGACCCGGAGUCGGCACCACAGGAGGCCGUGAAACCGGAGACAACCGAGAAGCCCGAGGGUUCGGAACAAGCUGGAGACGCGCAAAAGCCCGAUGGCCAGGAAACCAACGGGGAAGCCCAGCAGCACACGACGACGGAGAUCUUCUACGAGGAGGACGUGACGUCCGACGAGGGGGCUGUCUACCCGCUUCAGGAUGGUCGCAUUGUCGACUGGCCCUGCUUCUUCGCCCUUCUCACCCACGUCCACAACACCUUGAGUCCCCCCUUCCACACUCCGAUCAUGCUCAUCUCCGAACCGGUCUGGUCCGCGCGGGAUCGGGAGACGAUCACACAGUUUGUCUUUGAGAAGUUCAAGACACCUGCGUUCUGCCUGAUGGACUCUGCUCUCGCCGUUUGCUACGGAUACGGCACCUCGACGGCGACGGUGGUGGAUGUUGGCAAGGACAAGGCUGACGUGACGGCUGUCACUGACUUCAUUGUGAACGAGCACGGAAGAGGCCUUUCGCUGGAAAGCUGCGGCGGAGACUACAUGACGGACCGACUCGUGGAGCUCCUUGGCUCGAAGGGAUUCACGAGGGAGAUGUGCGAACAGUUGAAACGGAGCAACAUCACCGAGCUUCUGCCCCCCGGAACACCUCUACCGGGCGCGGCCGCGACCGCACGACAGGGCGCCAACCCAGCGACGUCGGCAUCCACGGGCUCAACGGAUGGAAAUGGGUCGGACGACCGUGCUCCGCGGGGCCCCGGGGAGGACACCCAGACAGGUAACGGCGAAGGGGAUGAGGACGAGGGAGUUCUCGACGUCGCCGCCAUUGUCAGCGGCAACACGAGUGAGUUCCUCGCCAACCGGGAGAGGGAGAGAGCGGAGAAGGCUUCGACCAAGAAGGGCAGCGGUGUCGAUCAAUCGGGAAAGCCAAUCCGCCUUCCCAACUCCAAGAAAGAGAAGGCUUCGUUCCAGUUCGAGGAGUACGUGAAAAUCGCGCCGGAGGCGGAUGUGCCCAAUGGCCCCGGGCGGUACAUGCGUCAGACGCGGGAGAUUGAAGUCGGAGUCGAGCGCUUCCUGGCUGCCACUCCCAAGCAGAAGUCCGGAGAGCGGUUAACCGGCGGUCUGCUCGAGGAUAUCGCAACGCAGAUCCACCAUACCAUCCUUGCCGUGCCGGACGCGACCAAGCGGAGUGAGCUGUGGGACUCGCUCAUCAUCGUCGGCAAUGGCAGCAAAAUCAAGGGCUUCACGCAAACCCUGUUGGGCACCAUCACACAGAAAUACAUCCUCUCCCCCUCCGCCACCAUGUUCACCUCCGAAAUCCCCUCCAACUUCUCCACUCCCCUUCCCACUGGAGGCACCAACACUCCAGCGCCUUCUGGCCAGGCCGGCCUGAUGAACCACCCUGCGGGUCACGGUGUGAAUCCCCUGCUUGUCGCUGCCACGCAUGCCAACAACCCGGCGCCGGGCACGCCCUCGAUGGACCCCAUGUCUCUGCACCGGUCCACGGGCCACUCGCAAACGCCGACCUCCGUCAAGACCCUCCGGCCCCCGGAGUACUUCUCCGAGUGGAAGGAGCAGACCAACACCAAUGCACCCGGGGCUGCGGGCGCGGGCGGGCCGGGGGCGCCGAGCACGGGCCACGGGAUGGAAGAGGCGGUGUUCCUCGGCGCGCAGGUUGCCUCGAAGGUGGUGUUCGUUCUCGACCAGGGUCUCAGCAAGGGGUUCAUGAGUCGGGUGGAGUACAACGAGAACGGCCCGUCGGCAAUCCAUGAAUACACCAUGUAGACUCUGCCUUAGAUGCCUUUUAAUGAAUGGCUCGGCUCGAUGCUUGCUUGCUUGCUUGCUUGCUUGCUUGCUUGGGCUUGAUGCGCGUGUUUGUUUGUUGCCCUGAAGAGCGGACUUUUUUUUUGAUUUAUGGACCUGGCUCUGAUCCUGUUUGGAAUGUUUUUUUUCUGACGCUACAAAAUUUACUCGGUUAAUUUCUUUUCCUUCACUUCUCUCCGCAUCUUGUAUUCUACAUGGCGUCUGACGAGAAAAAGCAGGUUGUUCUGGAUGCUUGGGGAUUCUGGUCGAAUUAACUGGUCUUGUCCUUUGGGUUUCGUAGAUGGUUAUUGAGAAUAAUUGUGAUCCUGCUGUUGCUGCACACUUGCGACGCAGACUUUACGAGCUUGA